AUGACUUUGAAUGCGGCUCAGAAGACGAAUCUCAGCGUGACAUGGAUCCUAGGAGGAAUUGCCACCAUUACAGUCUUCACCCGGAUGUACGUGCGGUUCUUCCAGCAACGAACUCCAGGAUGGGAUGACUAUGUGAUGAUUCUCUGCUGGUGCCUAGCAAUAACCUCAGCCUCUCUCGCCUCCACCGCAAUCCACUACGGCCUCGGAGUGGAUCUCUACGGUAUCCAAUCCCCAGACGACAGAGUCAAUGCGUUGAAAUACCUCACUCUCGCGCCCAAUCCAAGCAUUCUCAGCGUUGCCUUCGGCAAACUAUCGAUUGUUCUGUUCUUCCACCGGCUGCUGGGCGUCUCAAUGACAAGGACGCUCUCGACGAUUCUAUGGAUCCUCCUCUUCAUCACGGCAGGUCUUUCUAUCUCGGCAGUAGUUGCCGUCCUCGCCUUCUGUACCCCAACCGAAUCUAUCUGGGAUAAGACAAUCCCUCCAAAACGCUGCAUGGCACCAGAAACACAGUUGGGUAUUGGCCUUGCCCAGGCUUCCUUUAAUGCCUUUACCGAUAUAAUCCUCGGUCUCCUCCCAGCGUACAGUCUUUAUAACCUACAGAUGCCCCUACGCCGCAAGAUCGGUCUCAUGCUGCUUUUUGGGGUUGAAUCAUGGUCUCCAAUCACAAUAUGGAAUACGUAUAUCCCCCUUUUAUCCAUUACAAAUAAGACCAGGGCAGCUAACUCAUUGUCACCAUCUCGCCAACCUUUAGUGCUGAAGUAA